CCCCUCCGCUCCGUCCUCUCCUCUCUUCUCUCCGCUCCACCCACUCCCGCUCUGCUCCAUUCGAUCUGCCAUCCUCUGCCUGUGCCUGCCCCCGCUUGCGUCUGCUCUAGGGAUUUGGUUUGAUUUGAUUGAGACGGAGAUCCGCCAGAGAUUGAGGACAGGGAGGGAGUCGUCGGGCCCGGGGAGCGGCGGCGGCGAGGCAUGGACGGCCACGGCGGCGGCGGAGCGGGGCCGGGGGCCGGGGCCGGCAAGCUGACGCGGACGCCGUCCUCGCUGCUGCGCUCGCCCACGGUGCGCAACUGCUCCUCGUUCCAGGCCGUGGUUGUCGAGGACCCGGAGCCCGACGACAAGAAGGCCCACGCGCACCCCAAGGCCCCGCCCCACCACUUCCACCCCGGCGGCGCGGGCGGCUUCGGCGGCCCCGCCCACCCGCUGCUCGUCCUCGCGCUCCCACUCGCCUUCCUGCUCCUGCUUCUCCUCCUCCGCGGCGGCGGCGGCGACGGCCACCACCUCGCCCUCCUCGCGGCGUCCGCGGCCGCUGCGCUCGCCGCCGCCGCGGGGGCCGCGCGCCUGCUCCGCGGACGCCUGCGCCUGCGCCGCUCCCCCGGCUCCGGCUCCGUCCAGUGGUUCAUCGGGGACGACGACGACAAGCCGCAGAAGCGGGCGGACAAGGCCGCCGCCGCCGCCGCGCCGCACGGCCGCGUCGUCCGCGAGGGCGUCGAGUUCUACAGCAAUGGGGACUGCUACGAGGGCGAGUUCCACAAGGGCCGCUGCAACGGCAGCGGCGUCUACAACUUCUUCGGCAAGGGCAAGUACGAGGGCGACUGGGUCGACGGCAAGUACGACGGCUACGGCAUCGAGAGCUGGGCGCGGGGCAGCCGCUACCGCGGCCAGUACCGCCAGGGCCUCCGCCACGGCCACGGCGUCUACCGCUUCUACAGCGGCGACUGCUACGCGGGCGAGUGGGCCGGCGGCCAGAGCCACGGCAUCGGCGCGCAGACCUGCUCCGACGGCAGCUCCUACGUCGGGGAAUUCAAGUGCGGAGUCAAGCACGGCCUCGGGAGCUACCAUUUCAGAAAUGGCGAUCGUUAUGCGGGCGAGUACUUUGGGGACAAGAUCCACGGGUUUGGUGUCUACAGCUUCGCCAAUGGCCAUUGCUACGAGGGCUCCUGGCACGAAGGCAAGAAGCAGGGAUUUGGGAUGUACACAUUCCGGAAUGGCGACAAGCGAUCGGGGGACUGGGAUUCUGGGACUCUCAGGACCCCCUUGCCCCCCGCUGAUCCUUCUGUUCAGCGUGCCGUACAGGCCGCUCAGCGAGCUUCGGAGAACGCAUUUCGCUUGCCUAGAGUCGAUGAGCAGGUCCACAAGGCGGUCAUGGCUGCCAACAGGGCGGCCACAGCCGCUCGAGUGGCGGCGAUCAAGGCAGUCCAGAACAGGAUGGAUGGGAAAUUUUGUGACACCUAUGUGUGAAUUGUGUGCGAGACCAUGUUUCUUUCCUCUCCUCUCCUUCUUCUAACUGUACAUUAGGGUAGUGAAGGACAAUAACUAAUCAGUGAGGUCAGACGACCGGGGCAGCACAACCGCGUGCUCCGAGUCAGGGUUCAGCAACGAACGGGAGCUGACGAAGAGCAGAGCUGGCAAAACCAUUGGCAAGAAACGGCUCUGAUUCUGCCAUAUCGCCAUGGCUAUCGGAGGUUCCCUUCCCCCCUUCCUUGCAACAAGCUGUAACUGUACAUAGAUCCAAGUGUAUCAAUGGAAGAGCGAGUUUUUUCCAA